AUGGCAGAUUUAUGGAAAAUUUUAAUUUUGCUUGUGCCACUUUUAUUCUUGUCUUCAAGAGUGUUAGGUAUACACUCAGAGACUGUCGUUGGUUGUGGUGGCUUUAUACGUUGGAAAGAAGCUCAGUCAAACUCAAGGCUUGACUUCGGGAAAUUGAAGAUUAGUUUGUUUUCAGAGACGACUUCUACAUUAAAAGAUGUGACAGACGUUCUUCCUAACGGAGCUUAUUCCGUUCCCUUAUAUGAUGAGGGUGUUUACAGGAUUAAAUUAACUACACCUAAAGGCUGGUACAUAGAACCAUCUGACGGUUAUCUUCUGGAUCUUCACAAGGACCCCAAGGCUUGUUCUAAAGAUUUUGAUUUUAGUGUUGUUGGGUUUUCGAUCUUUGGCCAGGUAACAACUUCCGGAAUGCAGACCGGUCCUCCAGGCUUAUCCGUUAGGAUUAGUGAAUUAACAUCUCACAAGCCGAUAGCUCAAAACAGUACUCAAAGUCAGGGAUAUUUUAUGAUCUCUCCAGUGUCUCCCGGUAGCUACUCUUUGACAGUCAGCAAUCAGGAUCAAACUGAAAAAGAUCAUACUAGAGCAUCCAUUGUCGUCAAUGUCCUGUCUGAUAGUGUUACCCUUUCAGAGCCAAUAGUUCUACUUGGACACUUUCUUCGUGGACGUGUAGUGGAUUUUGGCAAAAAACCCAUUGCCAGUGCAAGAGUCUUUCUCCUUUGUGAUAAAGAAAAAACUACGUUGAAUACAUCUAUUAAUCCUGAUGAGUUGACUUCUUCCUUGAUGGUUGAUAUGCUUGGUGAAGCGCAUCAUAAUUUCUUCCUAUCACAAGAGUCUUCAACUGACGCGGAUGGCUACUUUACGUUUGAUCGUCUGCCAGGUGGCAAUUACGUUCUUAUUGCCAUGUAUUCACCUAAAAAGCUCAGUACGACCUUUUCAUUCACUCCAAAAUUCUACCCUGUAACCAUGGAACAUACAGAUGUGGAUCUUGGGCCGCAUACAUUCACCUUACAAACCUUUAAGCUUAAAUCGGGGCGUAUUUUAUGGUUCAAUGGCACUCCCAUUCCAUCAGCCAAAGUUACAGUUACCGGUCAGUCACAAAAAUCUGUAUUAUCUGAUGCUAAUGGUUAUUAUCAGCUAGAAGAUUUGGUUCCAGGAGAAUACAGUUUUCACGUUGACGUCAAAAAUGUUCUGUUCGAAACACGUUCAAUCAAUUUGAAUCCUUCGCUUGAAUCUCUUCCCGAAUUACGUCCUGAUAAGGUUUCUCUGUGUGGCAGUUUGAUAACUGCUGAAACAGCCCUAAAUUUAAAGCCUGAAGUGUAUGUCGAUGUUCGGAGUAUUGAAAACAACUCCCUUGUCAGUCGCGUUGAAGCGAGUCGGGAAAGUGGAAAAUUUAAAUUCUGCACUUUCUUAAAGCCUGGACUGUAUUCAUUGCAUCCAGAUGUUUCACUGUCGGGAACAAAUCGGCAAUCCCAUGAUGUAUUACAGUUUACCCCAUCAGAAAUAAAGGUUGAUCUAACUGGUUCUCCAGUUGACAGUAUAACUUUCUCACAGUUCCGAGCUAAGUUAUAUGGUAGAUUAAAAUGCCUAAAGAAAUGUGCAUUUUAUCAAACACCAUUUUACGCUCAGUUCACUUCGUUACAUUCUAAAGAUGAGCUGAAAUUGUACGAAUUCAUUCCAAGCAAAACAAAUGCUCAUGAAGCCUUCUUCAGUGUAGAGGGAAUACUUCCAGGUGAUUAUGUCAUUAAAGUUGUGUAUACUUCAGACAAAGGAUUAAACAUGAUUGAUGGUUGGUGUUGGAAUAAUCCUGAGAAGACGGUUAGUAGUUUAUCUCAAACACUAGAGACUUCUCAAAGGAUUCUGCAAAUACGCUCUAAUGAUUUACAUUAUGAUAAGGAAGUAGUUUUAGACUUUAUUCAAACUGGAUUUUUAAUACCUGUCAAAUUCGAAUUGCCGAAUUACGUCAAAUCGAUGCCUCCUGUAAUUUUACAUGCUUCAACUUUCAUUAAGAAAAACAAUCAAACAGUAGAAAGCACCAUGAUGUGGAAUUUAACCAAGAUAUGUAACAAGAUUUGUUUGCCGUCACCUGAUCAAGUCUUUAAAAUCAGCGUGUCCAGCACAUGCGCCCAGUUCAGAAUGUUACGGGCUACUGAAGUACAUCCAUCACAUGACUGCCAUCUUUCGUUGAAAACUGGUCCUCAUAUUCGUAUAGGUGUCGAUAAACUGCCUGUUUUCAUUGAUUUGAAUCUGGAUAAAAUAGCAAAAAGAUUUGUCAAUGACUUUAAAGAGAUAUUUGGUGCUCCAUUUCCUUUCGAAAGCAUUGAUUUUGGCUUGAAUGCAACCGAAACACUGAAGUCCGUCCUUGUUAAUACGUUUUGGCCAGAAAUACCUCACAACGUUGAAUCCUUAUCUGCAACUGGGAUGUUUUGGGUUCAGUUGGGUAACAUGAUUCGUGUUAAACCCAAGCAACCCAGUCUUGAGCAAAAUCACUUUGCUCACUUGAGUGUAAAUCCGUCUAGUCAAGAUAUUAAUCUUCAGCUGUAUUCUCAAGAUUCCUCUACCGAUAGUAUUUCAUGCGGUUUAACAAUGCCUGAAGUUCAUACAACUAAACCCGCUUCUAUCAAUAAUGCGAAGUCAGUUUGCUCUUCAUUUUACAAUGGACAGCAUAUUAAAUUUGACCUUACAGUUGCUGUCAAUCUCCGAGGUCGUAUCGAUCCGCCUGCAGAGAAGGCUGAUGUGGAAUUAUAUCAUAGAUUACCACAGCCAUCAGAACAAUCGUCAAUCUUGCUGAAACGUGACCAUCCACUUCUACCCGUGGACAGUGAGACAGAAUUGUUAAAAGAACUAGACCAUUCUAAUACUUCUGCUUAUGUAGCGACCACUCAAACAGAUAGGCAGGGUAUAUUUACUUUCAGCGCUUUACCAUUAGUCAACUAUGAAGAAUUCAACAUAAAAUCUUUAUCAGAAGUUUCUAAAAUAUAUGAAAUUACAGUAUCCAAAGCUGGUUAUAAGUUCGAUGUACUGAACGAUACGGAUACUAAACAUUCGCGAGAUUUCCAUUGGUAUAUAAAGUCAACGAGACUUUCACUUGUAGAAGUAUUUGUUUUUAAACAUCCUGUUUCAAAUGAUUCAAAUCAACCAUUAUCAGCUGUACUAAUCUCUAUCAUUGGUGAAGGACAUCGUGCUAAUCACUUAACAAAUGUCGAUGGCGUGGUACGCUUUGUUGGUUUAUCCCCUGGCCAAUAUUAUUUACGUCCAAUGAUGAAAGAGUAUUCCUUCACAGUAAUGUCUCCUGAUUCAUCUGAAUCUGGUCAUGCAAUUCCCGUUCAAGUAGAGGAAGGCAAAUCGGCUGUAGUUAUAUUGUCAGCGCAUCGAAUUGCUUUUUCUGCAUCAGGAACUGUUACUUCUUUAGCAGGUAUUCCAGAGCCUGGUGUUUUAGUGGAAGCUGCUUGGCUACCUGACCCACCGAAGACGAUGCACAAUGACGUGCUGCAUUUGGAAUCAAGUGUGAACAUGAGUUGUCAGCUUCGUUCUGACCAGAUCAAUAUCAUACCUCGUGAACAAUCUCUAACUGAUUCAGAUGGUAAUUUCCGUAUUAGAGGUCUCAUUCCAGGCUGUGUAUAUACCAUUUCCGUGCAUAAUAGUUCUUCCACUCUGAUAAAUUCAAUUGCCGAUCAAUUGUCUGUGGACUCAAGUAGUAGUAGUAGUUCAUUAUCUCGUAGAGGUGUUGAACGAGCAAUUCCUUGUCAUUUAAACCUUCAAAUGCCUUCCACUGAUACUAGUGGACUACAUUUUUAUGUAAUUCGUCAUACUUAUGCAUCCACUAUAACUGUCAGUGUACAAACAUCUGAUAAUUACUUGUCAACCUUACGUCUAGUUGUAUUUCCUGUUGGCCAUCCUGAGGAUAUUGUAGAAAAACAUGAUUUUGCUAACGAUUCUCUACUGUUCACUUUGAGCGGCUCAAAACUGGCUGCGAUGUUUGGACGGGAACACGUGAUACGUUUGUUGUCAGAUUUAAAGCCUAACUUUUAUGUCAAUGUUGAUCCUCAAAAUAUAAUUUUUACACCAAAAUGGAGUGUAAACGAACAUUUCAAUUUCAAUUUUAACCCAAAACUACGCACUUCAUUGAAUGAUUAG